CACAAUUAAAUCCUUCAUCCCCAUAAAUCAUUAUCCCACUACAAUUAUGAGGACUAACCUUAAACCACCAGCAAUCAUUUGGGUCAGUUUCUCUCUCCUACUAUCCCUCCCAAUUCCAUCACUACAACAGACACCAGUCAACAACCAGGCCUUUCCCGGUGGCAUAAGGCUACAAAAUGCCUAUAUAGCCCUUGAAGCAUGGAAAAAGUCAAUAACCUCGGACCCAAACGGGUUCACCUCAAAUUGGAAGGGUCAUGAUGUGUGUAGCUACAACGGAGUUUAUUGUGCAACAUCACCUGAUGACUCUUACGUUAAGACAGUUGCAGGGAUCGAUCUUAAUCACGCAAACAUCUCCGGUUAUUUACCCGAAGAACUCGGCCUUUUAACUGAUCUCGCCCUCUUACACCUUAACUCAAACCGCUUCUUUGGUGUCAUACCUUCUUCUUUUGCUCAUUUUAAGCUCCUACAUGAGCUUGACGUGAGUAACAACUUGUUUUGUGGACAAUUCCCUAAGGUUCUUUUAUGUCUUCCUUCCCUUAAAUUCCUCGAUAUUCGUUACAAUCAUUUCGAUGGUUCCAUCCCCUCAGCCGUGUUUGACUUAAAACUCGACGCUCUUUUCCUAAACAACAACAACUUCUCCUCCACAAUUCCUAAAAACAUCGCCAACUCCUCUGUUUCGGUUCUCGUUGUUGCUAAUAACAACCUCAACGGGUGUUUCCCAACGGAAAUCACGAAAAUGGGAGCAACUCUACAGGAGAUUAUUCUCAUGAACACCGGGCUUAAAGGGUGUUUGCCUUCGAGCAUUGGGGAGUUAAAGCAAGCCACGGUUUUCGACGUUAGCAACAAUGAUCUAACCGGGACAUUGCCGGAGAGUAUGGGGAAAAUGGAGAGCUUAGAGCAGUUAAACGUCGCACAUAACAAGUUUUAUGGAGAAAUACCAACCAGCAUUUGUAGUUUGCCUAAGUUGGAGAACUUCACGUACGCAAACAAUUAUUUUUGUGGAGAGCCAAUUCAGUGUAAGAGGGUGCAGGAUAAGGAUGAUAACUAUAAUUGUCUUCCUUUAAGACCAUUUCAACGUUCUCUUGAAGAAUGUACACGCUUCUUAGUACACCCCCCAAAUUGCAACUCUUUUGGUUGUCCAGGAAGUCCACUGCCACGGCCAACACCACCAUCACCACCAAUGAAAUAUAUUCCACACGUUCAAGUUCAACUACCAUAUAUUAAUACACCUUAGAAUUGUGUACAAGUUAUAUUAUUAUGUGUUGUCCAGCUAGUUAUUAGUUUAAACUACCAUUUAAUUUGGGAUUAUUUUAACCAAGAAAAAGUAAAAGGGUGGUGGGGGGGAAUGCUAUGGAAUGAAAAGGUCAAUGUUGGUUUGCAAAUACAUUGGUGUGUUAUAAUAUUUUUUUGGUUUCUUCGUAGAAGGAGGUUGUCUCCUAUAUUUUGAUAUUAAUAAGAAUUUAAUGUAAAUACAUGAACUAUCAAUUACUGGCCGGCCUAUUUUUUUUUUUUUUUAGGACUGGGAUACUCUUCUUUAUUGUUUUUAAUGUAUUUGCGGUGGUUAGUUAGCUUGGUUGUCUUGUUUGUUAGAAUUGGGGUCCGUUGUUUUUGGUUGUUGUCUUUGGGUGCUUAAUUUCUUGGCGAAAUUGGGUUUUAAUUAGUGCAAUGCAGGUGUAUGUGUGUAUGCCUCAAGUGGAUGAAAGGGAUGUGGUUCUUGGUUUUUUUAGUUGGGUGUGUGUUUAGUUCUUGGUUUUAGGAGGAUUGUAGGCUCUCUGUGAUGUUCGGGAUUAAUGUCCUUGGGAUGGAAGGUGAAGGAGAUGGCCUUUUCGAAUAUGGUUUGCCUCCUAUUAGGGUGAGUUUAUCCCAAGUUUUAAGGUGAGUCUCAAGUCUAAGUCUUAGGAUAUUUUGGUAAAAGAUUACAACAAGUCUUGAAGUGAGCUUAAAAAUCCAAAAUUCACUCAAGACUCACUCAAUACUCCACUUUUCCCCCAACCAAAUCAAAUAUAAUUAUACCACAUCAUCAUACUUUAUCCUAUUUAAUUAUCUUUUUUUAGGAGCUUAGUUGAGUCUGGAGCGAGUCUGGGAAUAAUUUGUAAAAAUAGGGAGAGUCUUGUGUGAGUCUGAAUAAUGAAAAAGUUACUGAGUGGAAAAGUCAGAUCGAAGAUGGGAAGUGAGUCUGAGGGAUAAACUCACCCUUAGGUUCUGUUGGUUUGGUGGAUUGAUGAAUUUCAAGUCUUGGUCUCUAGUCGUGGUGUCUGUUGACUUGAAAGGUUCAAGUCAAAUAGUAUGUGGAGAGGGUUCUUUUUUGAACUCUCGAUUUAGCUUGAUUGGCAAUGGUGUUGAUUGCCUUCUAAAAAUGUUGAGGGUUCAUAGCACUCCAAGGAGUCUAAGUCCCUUUGAGGAGAGACAUACAAUAUCCUGUGUUAAGGGUACCAAGUCACAAGUUAUUGUGACUCUGUUUGACAUCGCGCAAUCAGGCUGGGUUGAAUCAAUCCUACCACUCCUUCCAUCUCCUAAAUCUCGCGGUUAGUCUUUUGUUGAGUUAUGUUUGGCCAUCCAAGGAACUUCAUUAUCCAUGUCUUUUCCCCAAUUGCAUCCCAAGCGUCAUGGUUAUCGGAUAGCAAUGAUAUGGUUGUUUUUGCAGGUGUUAUGUCCAAAUCAGGCAAGCGUGGUUCGCUUAUAGCAGCCGAGCAUCCUCGAUCAAAAUAAUACUAAGCUUAUGUUGAUAUUU